AACGCGUGCGCAAAGCAGGCCACCUAUGCUCGUCGCUGGAGCGCGGCUGAGGGAGCGAACGUCGCUCUCUAUGGGGGAGAGAAGAUGGCUCCCUUCCCAGAGGAGGUGGAUGUUUUCACCGCCCCGCACUGGCGGAUGAAGCAGCUCGUCGGGCUCUACUGUGACAAGGUAGGGAAGGGGCUGAGGGGCGUCGUUGGAACCGCCGCUACCGCCGUGACACACCCCCGCGUCUCGGCCUCAGCCGCCGGAAUGGAGCUUUCUAAGACAAAUUUCUCCAACAACAAUGAUUUCCGAGCUCUCCUCCAAUCAUUAUAUGCUACAUUUAAAGAGUUUAAAAUGCAUGAACAGAUUGAAAAUGAAUACAUCAUUGGUUUACUUCAGCAACGUAGUCAAACUGUAUAUAAUGUACAUUCAGACAAUAAGUUGUCAGAGAUGCUUAGUCUCUUUGAAAAAGGCUUGAAAAAUGUAAAGAAUGAAUAUGAGCAGCUCAACUAUGCGAAACAGCUAAAGGAACAAUUGGAAGCUUUUACCAGAGAUUUCCUUCCUCACAUGAAAGAGGAAGAGGAGGUUUUCCAACCAAUGUUGAUGGAAUAUUUUACCUAUGAAGAACUGAAGGACAUAAAAAAGAAAGUAAUUGCACAACACUGCUCACAGAAGGAAACUGGAGCAGAAAUACGUAGAGGGAUUAGUUUGUUGAAUCAAGCAGAAGAACUCCAGAAAGCUUUUAAAUAUUCUGUGGAUGAAAAAGCAGAACAUGAAAUCGAAGAACCAGAACAAGCCACCAACAUUGUUCAUCUGCCUUCUGAGGUGAUGCUGACUAUUUUUAGCUAUCUUAGCCCUCAAGAAUUAUGCCGAUGUAGUCAAGUCAGCACCAAAUGGUCACAGAUAGCGAAAACAGGAUUUCUCUGGAAACACCUUUAUCCUGUGCACUGGGCUAGAGGAAAUUGGUCCCAUGGCCCACCAGGUGAUCCUGAUACGGAGCCAGAUGAAGAAUGGGUGAAAAACAGAAAAGAUGAAAGUCAGGCUUUUCAUGAAUGGGAUGAAGAUGCUGAUAUAGAUGAAUCUGAAGAAAAUGGAGAAGAAUCCUCUGCUAUCAGCAUUGUACAGAAAGAGAAAGACUUACUUCAAGGCAUAAUCCAUAACAUUCUGCCACGAGUAGGCUCAUCAGUGAAAACCAUUGUACUGGCCUACAGUUCAGCCAUAUCUAAUAAAAUGGUCAGAUACAUCUUGGAACUUUGUCCUAACCUGGAAUACCUUGAUCUCACUCAGACUGAUAUUUCUGAUUCUGCAUUCGAAAGUUGGUCUUGGAUUGGUUGCUGCCAGAGUCUCCGGCAUCUUGAUCUCUCUGGUUGUGAAAGAAUAACAGAUAUGGCUGUAAGAAAAAUUUCUAAAGCUCUAGGGAUUUUGUCUUCCCACGAAGUACAAUCUCAGAAAAGUUUUCAAAACAGGAGAGGAAAAACUGUGUGGAAAAACAAAGAGAUUGCCUUGGAGCUCAGCAAAAAAGAUUGUGGCCUGCACUAUAUAACAAAUGAAAAUGUGAUUAAGGAAGAAGGAAACGAAAGCCAUUGGAAUGUACCGGUCAGAUCAAAGGGUUUCAACUCUGCUUAUAUCUGGAUGUUAGAUGCCAAAGAUCUGGCCGAUAUUGAAGAUGCUGCAGAGUGGAAGCACAGAAAUUUGGAAGGAGAUUGUGUGAUAGAACCAGCCUCCCCUUUCCCUUGCUCUGCAUCCUGCUACAAUAAAGACAUUUUUGGAUUAAGGACUAGUUUCUGUUGGCAGGAGCAGGAGCCUUGUGCUUCUGCAGCCCUGACUUACUGUGGCCAUUCCUUUUGUUGUGCCGGGUCAGCAUUAAAAACUUUACAGGCACUCCAGCCAUCCCCUGGGCUACUUUACCACGCACCAAGGACUAAUAGGCAGAUAGAGGGGAAAGACUUGGCACACCUCAGGAGUGCAAAAUCGGACCAAAAGACAGCCCGAGUUCUUCAGUUCCUCAGUUUGUCAGGAUGUUACCAGAUAACAGAUAUUGGUCUCAGGAUGUUGGCUCUUAGAGGUGGGCUACCUUAUCUAGAACACCUCAAUCUCUCUGGCUGUCUGACAGUAACUAGUGCAGGUCUGCAAGAUUUGGUCUCGGUGUGCCCGUCUCUAAAUCAUGAACACUUUUACUACUGUGACAACAUAAACGGUCCUCAUGCUGAAACUGCCAGCGGAUGCCAGAACUUGCAGUGUGGUUUCCGAGCCUGCUGCCGUUCCGGUGAAUGAUCCAACUCCUUAUCUUUUCUGUCUACUUUAUUUAGCUCCACAGGCUUCCUUUCACGCACUUUACAGUUUGCAUCUUGUUCUUGACUGUUUUCUUUAGGAGUGUGAUUUGUGGAUUGUUUUUGCUCCGUAAUUCAGAAACUUGUAAGUAAUCUGUGUAGGGUUUUAUCAUUUUUCACAAUGUUCCAUACUAAUUUGGAAGGUGAGAGGUUAAUUUUUUUUGUGCUGUGAAAACAAAUCAUUAAAUCAUUUAGACACCUUCACCCUGAUAUUUGGCAUUUAAAUUUAGGAUUUCCCCCCUCUCUUUGUGCUAAGUCCAUUAAAAAACUUACAUACUUAUAUAUAAAUCAGUGAAUGUGAAACAUAUUUGGAGAACAUAUAUUUGUUAAGUAGUUAUUUUCCCCAUAUCCUUCUUCCUGAAUUAGAGAGAUUUUAUUCUGUCUUUUAGUACUGAUUUCACAUUUUUGGCUUGAGGAACAGUAAAUGAAACAUUCCCAUCAGCAUCAGAAUUUGUUAGUCUAAUAGAACUACAUUUACAGCAGGCUAUUGUUGCCACAUCAUCUUGUGGGAUUCUCAAAGUAUUUGCUUAACUGUAGAUGCAUAGCAACCAUAAUCCCCUACAUCUUCUAUGUAGACAUACUAAAGAUGUUGAAUUUUGAAAGGGAUUUUCCAAGAAGCAAUUUCUCUGUGAUAAGAGCAACUGUAAUAAAUAAACUGCAGCUUUAAGAAACUUUCUUGUAUCCAUUUGCAUGCUGGAAAUAUAAAAAAAGAUGGAAGAUAAUUUGUUACUAGUGCUGGGUGGCAUGUGUUUACAACCAGACCUCACUGACUGCUUGGUGCAGCAAAGUGCUAAAAAAAACCUGCAACCAUUUACCACCCUUGCAGUGUCCCACAGUCAUGCGAUUACCAUUACAGGCAUGCAUUUUCUUAUGCCUGACCUCUCCCGCAGAGUAGAGAGAUUAAAGAGGGAUUAUGUAGGGAGUAAGAGAAUAACAGAGAAUAAGCAGGCACGUAAUAGGGAUGUUUGUGGGUUCCAGCUCCAAGCACACUACACAAAGAACCAGCAGCAUUGUAUUCCUUUUGAUAUAUAUUCUCCAUUCUUUGUCUGCCUACUCUCUUGUAAUUCCUUCCUUUGCAAUUCUUUCAAUUGAACUAAUUAAAAAACAUUCUUCCUAAUUUUCUCAGCACUAGGGUGAGCAUUUCAAAGGUUGGAGGAGUGGCAAAGCAUAGUCACAAUCUUGUGAUUUUCCACUUAGUCAACAUUUCAUUUAGCAACCAGGCUGCUGGUCCCAAUUGUUGUCACUGAAUGAGGACUACCUGUACUGAAAAAUACAGUGCUUGGUUUCAUGUCACAUGCAGUCUGAGAGCUGUGACUUUCCUUAAAAAACAAAACAAAAAUAAUUUGUCCAAAUGGCCACCAACAGAUAAGGGGAUAGAAGAUUUUGAAAAUCUUUUCUGAAAGUACUUUUGUCAUAUUUCUGUGUCACAACUGGAGGAAAAUAAAUAUACUGUAUGUUAAUGUU